AUGGGGGAGGUGAUCUUGUGGGAUAAGACAGGUGUUCUGACACAGGCUGGAGAUUCAGACUUUGCUCCAGAACUGCAUGAGAAGACACCCACCUCCGUGGUGGCAGUGGCCUCAGUCCCUCCAAAUCCCAGGUCUUCGAAGGAAAGAGAGGAAGCACCACCACACCCCGGGACCCACCUGCAGGCAGGGCCGCGCCAGCAUAGGCACUGGGCUGUCAUGGAGCCAGGAACCCUGAGCCCGGGCAGGGCCACCCCUGCUGGGCCCCUGGAGGACACUCCCUUGCUGCUGGAGCUUCAGAAGCUGCCGGGAUUGGCCAACACAGACUUGAGUGCCCCGAAUCCCAACAUCCAGGUGACCAUCGAGGUGGUGGAGGACCCCCAGGCCGAGGUGGAAAUGGACCUAUUGGACGAGCCCAGCAAUCACUGGCCCCAGGGCGCUCCCAACUGGCUGCCCACCAAGGAGCUCUUUUGGCCUCUCUUCUGGGGCUACCUGGAAGGCGAAGAAGGGGACACGAGGCUUGAGGGCAGGGCCCCAGGGGAAGAGGCGGAGGAGGAGGAAGAGGAGGACUACCUUGCAGAGUACAGUGAGGGCGAAGACCAGGAGGGCUACGAUGAGGAUGAUGAUGACAAUGAGGAAGAACCAUGGUCCAGUGGGGCCAUGGACAGUCAGGACCUGGGCUGGCCAGCCCCCAGAGAUGGGACCUUCAAGGAGCUCGACAGCUAUGACUAUGAGCCUCAGGAGGAGUGGAGCCCCUGGUCUCCCUGCCCUGAGAGCUGCAGCAGCGGCAGCCAGCGGAGGACUCGGCCCUGUGGCUAUGCCUGCACUGCCACCUAGUCCUGGGCCUGCGACCUGUCCCCCUGUCCCGGCGCCGAGGACGAGAUCACCUUGGGCUUCCCCAGUGAGGGGUGGCAGCCCCUUACCCACAAUGCUACGGACGUGCUUGGCUCAGAUGUGGACAGCUGUGAGAAGUGGCUGAAUUGCAAGAGCGACUUCCUGGCCAAGUACCUGAGCCAGGUGCUGCGGGACCUGCCCAGCUGCCCGUGCGCCUACCCGCUGGAGGCCGUGUACAGCGCCGUGAGCCUGCGGGACGAGCUCCAGGGCCGCAGCUUCCGCUUCCGGUGGCGGGACGCCAGCGGCCCGCGCGAGCGCCUGGACGUGUACCAGCCCACGGCGCGCUUCUGCCUGCGCUCGCUGCUGUCGGGCGAGAGCAGCACGCUGGCCGCGCAGCACUGCUGCUACGACGAGGGCAGCCGACUGCUGACCCGCGGCAAGGGCGCUGGCGCGCCCGACCUGGUCAGCACCGACUUCUCCCCAGAGCUGCACUUCAAGGUGGACACGCUGCCCUGGAUCCUGUGUAAGGGGGACUGGAGCCGCUACCACGCCGUGCGGCCCCCCAACAACGGCCGGGCCUGCGCUGACAACCCCCCUGAGGAGGAGUACCUGGCCCAGUUGCAGGAGGCCAAGGAGUACUGAUGGGGGGCUCCUCACCCCGUCCCCUGCCCAGACUCCAGGAGGGCCUGCGUGCCCUCUGCUCCUGACCCCGAAGGAGCGCGGCUGCAGGCCUUGCAGUGGGGUUAGAAAGGUACGGGUGAGUGGAGGGAGCUUUCCCCAAGGCCCCUGGGGUGCAGUGGAAAUGUGUGCAGCCCUGUGUCUGUUGGGAGUGGGGGCUCCCUUGCCUGCCUGCUGGACAUGCUGCCCCAGCCUGGCUGCUCCUUUCCAGCUCUCUGGGUCAGAGGCCCUUCUGCGCUGGCUCUGGUGUGCAGCGGUGAGCCAGCCGCUUCUGGUACGCCCCAAUUCCUGGGACCUGCUCACCCAAGUCCCCAGCCCUAGAGGCCAGCUGAGCAAUGGCCAGUCCUUUUAUCCGCCCACAGCUGCCCUUUGCCAGGCUGCCAUCCAGUCUGGACGGCCACUCCUGCUUAUUUCUGGGUGGUGCCCGCCCCUCCUGCCCCACCCCUGCAGUGAGCCCCCGCGCAGGAGGGCUAUCCUUAGCUCCCAGCUGCCUUUCUGGUGGACACCACUCUCCUCUCGGGUUGAAGGCCGACAGCAAGACCUGAGUAGACAGUCCCCAGGCAGGGAAUGGCUCACCCAAUUGUCCCGUCUUUCCUUUGGUCAGCCCCCUGCUCUGCCCAGAUUGUAGGAUUACUCAGGGUGGAAGCUGGCCCUGUCUUGAGUGGGGAAGUAGCAGCUUGUCACAGCAGCCAGGCUUGGGACAGGCCUAAAACUGGUCCCUGACGGUGUGUCAUGGGCCAGUAAUGAUGAUAAACCAGCUCUCUAGGAGGGGAAAAGAUCCCCAAUUUGUAGCAUUUAGGCGAUAUUUGGAGUAAGUACUCACACCAAUGGCCCAUCUCCAGCUCCCAGUGCCUGGGAGCUGGGCAGAGUUGUGCCUCACCGACUAGCACGCCCGUGCCUCACCGACUCUCCCAGAACACCCGUGCCUCACCGACUCUCCCAGCACACCCGUGCCUCACUGACUCUCCCAGCACACCCGUCCCUCACC